AUGAAUGCACGGAGAAGAACAAAAUUUGUCGGUUUUGGCCCCCAAUCCAUCUGCCAUCAGGCCUCCAACAUGGGAGGCUGGCACCAGCGCAAGGCCCUUCCCAGCUUUUUUUUUUGGCGUGAGAAGCUGAGCUUUGUGUCUGGACUUUCUCAUGUCGCAUUCGAGGAUGAGUCAGCCAGGAUAUGGAGCGGAUUGGUCCCCGCUCCCGACGACGGACCCCUCGAUCCCGCAAUCAGUGGAACCUUCACAGCCACAUUAGACGUCCAUGAGUCCCAGGGCUUGCUUGGGGAUGCUACAAGGACAGAUCACGCCCCUGUUUUCUCCUCCCCAUUAGCAUCAACAACCGCAGUCCCGGUCACGUCUCAAGACCCAGUCAUAAGCUACUCCCACGAAGCGGACAACUAUUCUGACCGCCCAGCAACAUGGAUACCAUACACGUUGCGAAGGCCGUUUCUCCUCGCUCUCGCCGCAGUAGCACUUUCACUGUCGACUGUGCUCGCUGUACUUUGCUGGUAUUCCUCCCGGAACCAUGGACUGGGGAAAGAUGAUGGCUCCUCUGGUCUACUCAUGGGCUGGAGAUAUACGCCCACCCUCAUCGCUGUUCUCUUCACUCAGGCCUUGGUGCUGCUUUUUGAUGAUGUCCAGCGAACAGAGCCAUUCGCGCAAUUGUCCCGAGUUCGUUCAAACGAAGCUUCGGACGAUGAGAAAGAGCAGGCAUUGCAACUAGUAUCAAAGGUCUGGUGGAAAACCUUUUUCCUCGGCCUAAGCAAGAAGAAAAACGGCGGUCGCAUCAACACAUUGCUGAGUAUGUCGGCAUUGACAACUGGCCUCGGGGUCUUGCUGUUCUCGACCUUGUCAUCCUCUCUGCUCGUAUCUGAGCAAGUCAUAAUCGUCAAUCCAGUCGAUCUUAGGCGAUAUGCCUUGGACUCAGAUGGCUCCCUCGCCCUCGACGCCCGCCGCGAAACCUACUUCCACACAACAAGUGGUUUCAACUACAAUGCCUCUACAACAAUGUGGGUAACAGAUGACUUUGUGAUUUUCCCAUUCCAAGUUCCAGGCCUCGAGAGCGACAACGAAACUAUGUCAGAAGGGCUAUGGGAAGCAGAGACCACUGUAUACCAAUCCGAGGGGAGCUGUAUGACCAUGUCUGUCGAGUCCCUCGGCACCGUGAACCUCACUUAUACGUAUGAGUGGGACAAUCGAACUUUCACCAAGUAUAGUGCGAAACCAGACAACGUGUCGUAUUCUAUCAACGACACCUCCACUGGAUCAACACCAGGACUUGCUCUUGUCGCCGAGAAUGGGUGUCGCAUUCAGAUUGUAGAGCUGCCACGGAGCCCCCGAACGAUCCUUCAGGGUGGGCCUUUGUGGACGAAUCUCUCCGCAUCUCACGUUACAUGGGAAGAAUUCUCGCAGGAGCAGGGCGGUAUCCCAUGGGUAAGUUAUGACGGUUGGUCGCCCAUGCGUGAAAGCCCGCUGGUGGAGUUCAGCGAAGCCUGCUAUGGACAAGAGUUACUAUUUGUGUCGGAGCCAUGGAGAACGACAAAUUUCGAUCCUGUGAAGGGAUACGAAUAUUGGGGCCCUGACUUCGAGGCACGGGCAGAACUGUGCAACGUGACUCAUUACGAAGCAACCAUGCUCGUGUCCGCAGCCGUGAAUGCAAAUUCUAUGCAGGCUACAUUUGAUCAAGAGGAAUUCAAGGUUCGUCGGAAGCCACUUAGAGAGGGUGUACUUAAUUUAGAAAACGCCGCCAAUCUCGCUUUUUCAGGAACCAGGCCCGAGUACAAAUCCUUGUCGAGCGUAUACAACCAUUACCAAAUCAGUUCUGGAUUGAUUGAAGCUCUUGCCGUUCCAUCACAGUCGAAUAACACAAUCAUGAUACACGAUGAUUCACUCGUUGCAAAAGCGACCAGGCUUCGAGGGAGGUUCUUUGGCGAACUCGUGUAUUCCUCCCUGACCACCCGUGAGAAUCCAAACAUGGAGAACAUCACCGGUCAAUCGACUAGGACUGAGCAGCGUGUUGUCGUUAUCGUUGGAAUCGGAGCAGCCCUCGCCGCCAUGUUCUUUUGCGUUGCUUGCUACUUGAUCUUUAUGAUAUGGAAAGCUUCGCCCAAAUCUAGAGCUUUAUCACUCCGGACAGAUCCAACCACAGCUGCUGGAAUGGUAGACUACAUACAUCAUGAAGGAUCCCACAUCGUAGACGCAUUCGCCGUUACCGAAACCCGCAGAUUGAACGCACACGAUGAUGCCAAGGCAGCGAGUGGCUGGCAAAUAUGGAGCAAACGACCGUGGAACAAGACCUCUACCAAAGGUGGCACCAUAACAACGACCACUGAAGUGCAUGUUGAUGCUUCAUCUACUGGGUCUACAGAGUCAUUGCAAGGAGCCCCACACGAAACUUCUCAGGACUGGCGACCAACAAUGUUGCUGUCAAGGACACUGGUUGGGUUUCUCAUCAUUCUGAUUGCAAUCACUACAGCACUCAUCGUGCUACAUAAGGUCUCCGUUAAAGGGGGACUAUAUCGAUCCUCGUUUGUCUACCACAUGAGCGUUGGCAAGCUGAACGCACAAAUCUCACCAAUAUCGGUGACGUCAACGCUACUCGCCGUGGCCUUGGCCCUAUGCUGGGACUCCAUCGAUCGGUCGCUUCGCAUACUUCAGCCCUACUUGUCCAUGUCGAAGGGCCCAACAGACGUCCGUGAAGGAGCGUGUCUUUCGUAUCAGUCGUCGUAUUGGUUAUGGGCGAGCUCCCGGGCUGCUUUUAACAAGCACUGGCUGCUAAGUCUGGUCACCUUGGGGACAACAUUAUUCCAAAUUUUGAUUGUCGCGAUGGCGGCAGUAUUUGAGCGACAGCCUAGCACCUACACGCAGACUGUCAUGAUUGAUCGGCCCUUGACGCCGCGAAGACAGCCGCUGGUUUACCAACACCAAGCUGGAACGGCUGACGAUGAAUAUCUAUGGCCGUUGAUGAAGACAACGACUGGAGACUGGCUGUACACUGCAUUGGAUGAUUUGACUCUCGGGACAACAUCCCCUCCUUGGACUCGAGACGAGUGGAGCUUUACUCCAAUCAAUCUGGACAAAUUGCCGGCAUUGCGCUUCCAUCAGACGACUGGAAGGAAACAGGAUGACUCUCCAGGCACAGAGUUACUGUCCUCUCCAUCAAAUGUGACCAUUACUACAACAGCUAUACGAGCAGAGCUCAAGUGUCAAAGCAUCGUGCUUGCUAACAAAACACUACUGAGCAAAGAUGAAACAGAGACUCUCAAGAAUGAAAUUCAGAAAUUAACAAAGGAACCACCCCAAGGCGUGAAUAUGGAUGGAUAUGUCCUUCCCCGUGCCAUCUUGAACCGAACAAAUUAUCACACUACCCUAGCAAACACCCCCUUGCGUGUGGCUUGCUGUGCCAACAACACCGGGCAAGAUCGCGAUUCAGCUGUUGCCUACUGGUCACACCAGCAACCUGAUCUCUGGUGGGAAGAAAUAGACUUUUCCCUGCCUUCAUGGACUGGUUUUGGACCCCCCAAAUGGCCUGGCAAUUUGAUGCUCAAGUGGAUUGUUGGGCAAGCGGAGACCACGGAAUUUAACAUCUAUACCAAUGGCGUUCCGAGUAACUACACGGUCAUGUAUUUCCCCACAAUGCCCGAAACUCAGAUAAUGAGUUGCGAGCCGUCCAUCGAAUCUGCUGAAGCUACGGUCACUGUCGCUCGGUCAUCGGGACAAGUGUUGGACUACGAGAUUCUGCAGGAGCCCCAGCGUAUCCUAGACCCUUGGGAUGCAGCGUAUCAGUAUUCUGGCCUUGGAGAAGAUCAGGAUGCGUAUGACGUGCAAAGUAACUAUACUGUGUCAUUAAGCUACGGAGUAUACUUCCUUACGCAACUCAUUCAAGCUGCAAGUCUGAAUCUGAAUAACAACGAUCCACUGAAAUUCGAGAACUUCCAGGAUGAGCGCUACAACAUUCGCGACAGACAACUUGGUCUCAACAUGGACUUUAUGAGCUAUUCCAACUAUGUGCAAGUGAAUCGCGACAACCGGGCGCUCCUCGACAGCGAUACCAUGUUCAAUGUUUCGCGUCGCACGUUUCAGACAUUUUUCCAGCACUACGCAAGCCGAACACGGUGGAUCGACGGCAACCUCAUCGCAUACGACCAAGUUGAGCCUAACGGCGACUUCCAGAUGCCAGUAGUCAUGUCCCAGCGCAUCGAAGUACUCGCUUUAUCUGAAAUCGCGACAUGGUUGUGCGUCGCGAUACUCGUCGUCAUCAUUGCUGUCCUCUUUGUUCUCAUCAUCUCUCUCAAAUUCCUGUACCCGCACACGCUCCUUAGGCGUAACGUGAGAUGCCUGGCCGACGCCAUCUCCAUGGUUUAUGAGAGCGAGCACUUUGUGGAGCAAGUUGUUCGACAAGGUCCUGAGCAGUUAGCGAAGAGUGGGCUGAAGACCAAGUUAGCCUGGUUCAGGAACCGCAAUGGGAAAGUGACAUGGGGUAUUGAGGUUGUGGAUGAUGGGGUGGAAUGGAUUGGAAAAUCUGAGACAGUGGUAGUUUUGAGCGAGAAGCCAAGUCCGGCAAAGACAACGCCGGGAGGAUCGGAUGGUGCGGGUUUUAUGGAAAGGAGCGAUGGAAUUAGGAGAGUUGUUUGA